UUAUUAAGAAAUAUAAAGGAAUUCCUGUGUGAUAAUCCCAUAUCACACAUACAUACACACACACACACCAUUUUCCCUCUGAUACAUGGGAAGGGAAAUCAUGUGCAAUCAAUGCUCAUGAGCAGAGUCUGUCACCAUCCCAACAUGGAGAGGGCACUGAGUCUGUCGCCAUCCCACCGUGAGAGACUGCUCUAAGGCACCUUCAGCUCCUAGCUGUGCAGAUCUCCCAAGGUCUCUUGUUCCAAAGCUGUGUGCUGAGAAUGUUUUUCCUUCAAGCCAUAAAUCUAACACAUUUGUGUUUUGUUGACAAUGCAUACAUACCUACCAUGUGAUAUGUUCAGAAAGCUUUAUCAGCACAUUCUCAUUCUUCACAAUAACCUGAGAAUCAACAAUAUGCCCACAACUCAUCACCUAUAUUUUCAAAAUAAAUACUCUCUGUAGAAACUUUUUUUCUAUAGCUUUGGCCCAAACCCUAGUCCCAUCCAUUAUGAUCUUAUUUAUAGCCUUUACUUCACUUAGUGUAAAUAUUCACAUACUUAACUGAAAAGAAUGUUGAUAUGUUUGACUAUAGGGCACCCUGAAUCUCAACUGUGAUAUUCCUUAACAUAUGAAAUAUUAUUCCCUUCCAUAAACUGAAAAAUUCUCAGCUCUAGUACAUAUAUAUCCCAAAAAGCUUAAAAUAAAGCAUCAAGAGUUUAUAUAAUUAUCCCUGCAGCCUGAAACAAAGGAGUAUUAAGGAUCUUUAUCACCUCAAAGUCUUUACUGUCAACGCUAUUCUAUGCUGCCAUGAGAUUCACGCAGAUAGUCUCACGUUCUGUGCAUAAACCGUCCUAUUUAUUUCUCCCAGUCUCCAUCCAGAUCACUCUGAUAUCCUCAAGGUGAUCAGUGCCUCUUCCAAAGAUACCACAGAAUGAUGGCACAUGGGAAGCAAAUCCCAGCAAGAUACAGACCAACAGCCCAACCCUUGGGCUCACCAACUCAUCCAGACUCAAUUGCCAUCUGUUUUUCUUCAGUAUCUUUCAGUCUCAGACUCUGAGCAAAAAGGAAAGAGAUUUACUCAACAUUAAGAUACAUCACAGAAUUUAGGGAGCCUAGAGAUUCACAAGAAUCAGAAAGCAAGAAAAGGGCAGAAGGUGUGGGCUUCCAACUGAGUAGUUUAUCAGAACCCAAUCUGCCCUCUGAACCCAUGUCCAUGAACAAAAACUCUAAAAUCUUCUGCUUCCUAUUUGACCAAUAAGCCACCAUCCCUGCACUGAUCUCAUCCAUCUCUUCUCAUUCUGGAUUCCCCGUGUCAUCUGUCCCUCUUUGCCUCUCAGUCAGCUCUUCGACACUGCAAAGGUGCAGAGGUACAUGGUUCUGUCCCUUCUACUGGUCUCUAUCUGUCUCUUACUCCACUUCAGUGUUCCUUAUAAUUUCUUUCAGAAGGGAACAGAGUUGCCAACUACACUACACUAUCUAUCUUUUCCUUGUCAAACAAAAUGAAAGGAUGUGCUAAACUAGGUGUGAUGGUAUAUACCUGCAAUUGUAGCACUUAAGACAGAAAAAGAAGUACCACAAGUAGGAGGCCAGCUUCAGUGACACAGUGAUAUGCUGGCUCAGGGAAUGGAGAGAAUGGCUCAGGGGUUAAAAGCACUGGCUACUCUUCCAGAGGACAAGGGUUCAAUUCCCAGCACCCACCUGGCAGCUUACAAUUGUCUCUAAUUCCAGUCCAAGGAAUUUGAUGUCCUCUUCUGGACCCCACUGGCACCAGGAACACACAUGAUGCAUAGACAUACACGUAGGCAAAACAUCCAAAAACGUUAAAAAUUAGAGCCCUAAUAUCAAAGAUGGUAUUUUGUUAGGGCCUUGUUAAACAGGUAUAAAGAAAGAAUUUGGUUUUGGUUCUCUUAAGAAACUCAAGGUUUCUCAUUUGGACUGAUGUGGCUUCUCUUGUAUCCUGCCCACUUCCUUCUCACUAAGCCACAAGUAUUUCUCUCAUCACACACUGAAGUGAGCCAUGCAACAGCACCAAAAGGAGCUACUGUUCCAAUAGUAAGAGCUGGAACCCCAGGUCUGUUAUUAACUAUUCACUGUAUUGUUGGCUAAUUAAUUUUUCUGAACCCUUUCUUCACUAUAAAAUGAAACAAUAAUGCCUACUUCAGAAAAGAAGCUGGGCACAGUAGUGCAUACCUGUAAUCCCAGCAUUCAGGAAUCUGAAGCAGGAGGAUUGCUGUGAGUUCUGGCCAGUGUGUAGCUACAUAAUGAGUUCAGAGCCAUUCUGGAUUACAUAGUGGGGCCCUGUCUCAAAAAAAAAAAACCAAAAAACAAAACAAAAAACCACCAAGAGAUUCCUAAAAGAAUCCUCUAAGAUAACACAUUCAGUAUCUGACACAGGUCCUAGCACAGACAAGUUCAACAAAUAUCUGACAUUAAUUUCUUAGUGGAACUAAGUCUACUGUCACUCGCUUGCUAAAAGGUCCGGCACCUGUUCAUUUAAUUCUAUCUGAGGGAGACGUGCCUUCCCUUGAGUUCAACUGUAUCUCCUUUAGGAAAGUUUUCUUGAUAACACUUUCCCAUCACUGCAGUAUCCUUCUGUGUGGUAUGACACCUAUCACUUCAGCUGGCUCAGAUGAUAGCCAGCUUUGCAAGACAGCAUUUUCCUCAGUCAGGCUGCCACAGGAUACCCCCUAGAUAGGAGACCUCCAAAGGGCCUGAGAACUAUGGGACAGACAAGGUAAGGAGUGGGAAAACGAUUACUAUAAAGUUCAAACGUGAUUUCUUUUGAAGUUAUUCUUCUCCAGCAAAAUAUUAGGUGAGCUCUCUGGACAAAGACACAAGAAAGACGACAAGUAAUAAUAACUAGAGUGGGAGAGGAAACUACUACAUACAAAUCAGCCUAGGACAGGAAUGGAGCAUGAAGAAAAUCUCCAUGUUUACCUGGGUAAUUCUGCCUUCCUGAAAAGUCUUACCAGUUACUAAGGGAACAAAAUCCCAUUUAGAUCUUACUCUUCACGUUACCAUUGCUCAGCCAAACACCCACCUACACACUCCUGCUUUCCACUGCUUUUAUAACCCACUCGUUAAUAACUGGUUUCAACCGAGGAGCUUUUAGAAGUUAGGAUUCCCAGGCACACCCCAGACAAAUUAAACCGGAAUCUCUGAGAAUAGAAGACAAGUAUCAGUGAUUUUUAAAUCUCCCAGGUAAUUUAUAGGUUGAGAAUUACUGGAGUUCUUAUUGUUGCUAUUGUUGUUUAGAUGUUUGUUUUCAGUUUAAGUCUUGAUCUAUACUUCCGUAUCUUUCAGAACCCCAAUGCAACUUCAAAGAGAAGUAAUCUACAACUAACUAGAUGGCAGUUACUCUAGUAAAGCAGUUCAAGUGUUCCUCCCUCCAAAGCAAGAGAAUGACCACUCCAGGCUGAGGGAGAAGACCAGGAGACCAUGAAACAAGACUGCAUAAGAUGAGAAAAAGGAGUGAAAAGAGAAGAGGAGGAGAGAAGAAAGAGAGCAUCUUUGUGCUGUUCAAAGGGCAGGGCAGGAACAGAAAGGAAAAAUGAAAUGGCAAAGGAAAGAAAGAAAAGGGAGAAGGAAGUAAAAGUUUGUAAAUAUUAUGGCCCACAGGCUGCAAGGAGGCUAGUAGAGUUACUGUCCUCUCUGUAUCCAAGGCUCCAUCACCUAGCAGGACCUCUAUGACCUCAUGGUGGAGUAGGUCACAGCCCAAGGUGGGGGGAGGGGGGAGAGGCCUUACCUUCCUGGGCAGAUUGGGGGUUCCUGCAGCAGUCACUACCUUGCCCAACCCCUCCCCACCAUGUUGGUCAGUAACCCCCACCUGCUAACACUGGAUGAAGCAGAUGCCACUUGGGCCCUCAUCAAGGAUAAGGUCAUCGAGGAGCGUUUUGGGUCCAAUGUAGUGGCAGUACCUUUCCUGUCGGAUGCAGCCUACUAUGAUCUACUGGGCGUGCUAGUGAAACAGUCCCGUCGAGCCCACACCCGCCUAACUUUGCCAGGCCGGCAGGGCCGAAGGGCACUGAAAUCAGUAGGGUUGCUACCAAAUCUUCUAGAACAGGCAGGGUCUGAGGGUGUCUUUGCCCAUUGCACUCGGGAAUACUCACCAAAUGGCCGAGCCGAGAUAGCCUAUGAAGAAAUGCGAAUGUUGGAUGGGCAGCCCUGCCGGAUCCGCCUACAUAUGGGAGGCCUGCGCAAGAAGGUUGCCUUCCUGCUGCUACCACCAGGGCAGGUGAGCCUGCAGCAGAAUCUUCCCUGGAUCCGAAGCACCCACAGCAUCUACGUCAUCUACCAGGUCUUCUCCUGCACCUGGCUGCAGCUAGGGCUGUUACCUACAGCCCGUGAGCCCCAGCUGCUCCGGUUACAGCGGUCACUACCUAUUGCUUUCUCCUGCCUCAAGUUUUCACUGCAGCCCAAGGGUGUGCUGGGACCACAGAAGUCUCUGACCAAAGAUCCCUUGCCCCAAGGAGCCACCUGGGUUAGACCUAGCCUUAGCAUCUUAUCAACUCUGGCCCCCACAUCAGUACCUGCUGAUACACUUGAAGUCGCUGAUGCAUCUCCACCUGUCCCAGCCCCACCUACACCACCUCCCCAAGAAGGGCCAGAAGGCAGACCCACCAGAUUCUCCUAUAAGGGUCGAAACCCCUUCCGGAGGGGCCCCUAUAUGCUUUCAGCAGAGAACUGGCUCUUCAGCCCCCGCAACCCCCCACCAGGAGGCCAGGGUGGGGGCCCCGGGGACCCCGACCGGCACUCCAUGUCCCUGCCCCUGCUGCAGGGUCUGUCCUCAGAGUUCGACAGCGACGAAUGAAGCUGAGGCAAGAGACGCAGGGGGCAAGGCCCCUAAGAUCUGACAUAGGGAUAAUGGUCCCCAAUAAACAUCAGCUGCUGCACCCCCAACCACCCUGGGCCUGUGUGCUUCUUCUUUCUUGGGUCCAGAAAAAUGAAGUCUCCAUUUUCCCCUAAGCAUUAAGUCCUCUCACCUUCU